CGCUGUUGUCCAGAGUGUACGAAUCUCUUCCGCCGGAAGUUCAGUGCCCGCUACUACAGCCGUGCGGUAAUUUCUGUAGCUGCCCCGGGCUCGCCAUGAUUGAGGUUGUCUGCAACGACCGCUUGGGGAAGAAAGUGCGAGUGAAAUGCAACUCCGAAGACACCAUCAAAGACCUGAAGAAACUGAUAUCAGCUCAGACGGGAACACGAUGGGAGAAGAUAGUCCUGAAGAAGUGGUAUACAAUAUUUAAGGACCAUGUUUCCCUUGCUGACUAUGAAAUUCACGACGGGAUGAACCUGGAGCUGUAUUACCAGUAACCGGCACCUUCUCGCUGCUCUCCCCCUCAGUUCUCCCUCUUUUCUGGUGUUUACACGACUUCUUGGAUCGCUGGAAGAUGUCAUCUUAUUACAUCCUGAACGUCAGACUACAGCUGCCAUGUUGGCUUAAAUUGUUUUUGGAUAAAGUUUUUGUUUUUUUUAAAUAAUAAAAUUCUUGUUCUGUAUAUAAUAAAUCA